ACUUGUCACGCUGUGAUUGGUCCAGAUCAGCGUAGUGUUUCAAAGCGUCUCAAAACAGCGCAUCUUCAGACCAGACGGACGACUAUGAGAACAUCGAGACCAGCAUGCAGCCUCUGAACGACCGCCCCUCUCUGGACUCCGGGCUCCGGGUCCUGCUCUUGGCCCCGUGGCUCCUGGUGCUGUUCCUCGCUUCCUGUGACGGCCGGGAGUCGGACCAGGACCUGGUCACCUGCGGGUCCCUGGUGAAGCUCCUCAACACGCGACACAACGUGCGGCUCCACUCACAUGACGUCAAGUACGGCUCCGGCAGCGGGCAGCAGUCUGUGACGGGCGUGGAGAGUGCCGACGAUGCCAACAGCUACUGGAGGGUGCGCGGGCAGACGGGGGGGCCGUGCCAGCGGGGGGCGGCCGUGCGCUGUGGGCAGGCCAUCCGCAUCACUCACAUGACCACCGGACGCAACCUCCACACCCACCACUUCACCUCGCCGCUGUCCAACAACCAGGAGGUGAGUGCGUUCGGCGAGGGCGGUGAGGGUGACGACCUGGACGUGUGGGCGGUGCAGUGCGACGGGCCGCACUGGGCCCGGGACGACGCCGUGCGCUUCAUGCACGUAGGCACGCAGGUGUACCUGAGCGUGACGGGCGAGCAGUACGGCCACCCCAUCCGCGGGCAGCGCGAGGUGCACGCCAUGCCCUCGGCCAAUCAGCACAACUGGUGGCGCGCCAUGGAGGGCGUGUACAUCCAGCCCAGCGCCCCGCCCCUCCGCCACGACGAGCUCUGAGGACCUCAGCGUGUGUGUGUGUGUGUGUGUGUGUGUGUGUGUGUGUGUGUGUGUGUGUGUGUGUGUGUGUGUGUGUGUGUGUGUGUGUGUGGGGGUUCGGCGCUGCGUAGUCAUGGUAACGUGUUGACUGCUCAUUAAAUAAGAUGUCCGAUGGGAGGACUGUGUGAGUGGUUUCUGUAGAGACGGGUUAGUGUGGGUUGGGUUAGUGUGGGUUGGGUUAGUAUUGGUUGGGUUGGGGUUAGUUGGUGUAAAGGUUUGUUCGAGACUUCAGAUCCAAAUUUACUUUCUUUAACUUAAACCUGGUUGAAUUAUAUAUGAAUAUGGAUUAUGUAUAUGAUGUAACCAGGCUUUGUUGUAUUUUUUUAAAACAUUCUACUUGAUUGUUUGAGUUCUCUCUUGAUGUUCUGAGUCGUGCUCCUUUAGGAACCCUGGGUCUCGUGGUUCUCAUGUCAGGAGAAAUGCAGAGUUGUCCUUUCAUGAAUGAAUUUCCUGACCCUCAAUAAAAGGUGUGGGGACGUUC